AUGACUCUGUCCAAGCAUCUCCUGGCUCUUCUACUAGCCAGUUCAGCUUACGCUACCCGCGAUCCCAAGAGAGGACUUUGCUUCGUCCACAACAAGAAGGAACCCCAGGAUGACAAGAUAUGGGUCCAGAAUGGCAGCGACAUCACAUGGUACUACAACUAUGAAGACCAGCCUACAGAUCUAUACAAAAACAUUCCCCAAGAUCAGUUCGAAUUCGUGCCCAUGAUGUGGGGUGUCGGAUCUGACUCGAGCGAUACCACCUUCCUCAAGAAUGUCAAAGGUCUUAUCAACGACGGAAUCAAUAUCACUCAUGUCCUUGGGUUCAAUGAACCGGAUGCUGGAAACGAUGUUGGAGGGAGCAACCUCGAGCCCAAAGUCGCUGCUGAAGCCUGGGUCGCCAAUUUUGAACCCCUGGGCAAGAUGGGCAUAAAAUUGGGACUUCCUGCUUGUACAGGUGGGUGGGAUGGUAUGCCCUGGUUGAGACAGUUUCUCGGAAACUGUACCGAGAUAAAGAGUCAAGGUGGUCCCAGGAGGAAUUGUACAUGGGACUUUCUUCCUGUGCACUGGUACGACAACUUUGAGGGUUUGGCAUCUCACAUCGGUGAACGUCUUGCUGAAUGGCCCAACACUUCGAUUUGGGUUACAGAAUAUGCCUACGCCCAUCAAGAUCCCAAGCCUACAGACGAGUUCUUCGAGCAGACUCUUAAGUGGUUUGACGAGUCAAAGUUCAUUGGUCGAUACACUUACUUUGGCGCGUUCCGAUCUGAUAUAUCCAGCGUCGGUCCCAACGCCGCUUUUCUGUCCAAUCGUGGCUCUCUGACGACUAUAGGCGCCCAGUAUCUCGGACUCAACACUACUGGUGAGAACAGUGCAUCUCAGGCGAAAUUCAACCUACCUAGUGUCGGGACCUUGUCGUUGAUACUUGCUGUUAUUCUGAAUACGGCGAUGUAA